AUGGCUCUUGGGUUCUACACCAACUGGUCAGAUCAUCAUGACACCGCCGGCUACUCCUCUCUUUUCCGGCCACCAUCACCGGAGCUACCACCGGAGCUCUUUGCUUUCAGUGAAAGCUCUACACUUUACGAUAAUUGCAUCAACCAACUCUUUGAUCCCAACUACAGUAACAACAACCUAGAUCAGUUUCCUACUUAUUCCAAUGUUCUUCCACCCAUUACACCCGCCGACGCCGCCGGCCAUGUCUUUGCUCCGUCACCGGAGUUUCAAGUCUCCAGCUUUUCCUAUGAAGAUCCAUACCUGAACCACUUACCAUACUCGACCACAUUUGAUCAUCAUCAGCAGCAGCAUUUGUCACAUUUCUUUAUGAUGGAACACCCCAUGGGCAUUGCGGCGGCGCUGCCACCUUCACAACUGCCGGAAAUCUACCAAGAUGGUGGAGGUGGUGCUACAUUGUCGUCUUCAUGGUACGACGGUGGACGUGGGUAUAGUAAGGAUAAGGUUGAAGAGAGCAGUAGAGUACAAGUGACCGGAAAACAGAAUGCAGGUGGCGGAGGAGGGAUGAUUAGGUUAUCGGCGCAGAGUAUGGCGGCGAGGGUACGGCGGAGGAAGAUAAGCGAGAAGACACAAGAGCUUGGAAAGCUGAUUCCCGGCGGCCAUAAGAUGAACACGGCGGAGAUGUUUCAAGCUGCUUUCAAGUACAUCAAGUUCUUGCAGGCUCAAGUUGGUGUCUUAAAACUCAUGGAUUCAAUUCCGGAAGAUGAACAAGGGAUGGAUAAUGGAGAAUUAAUGGAAGCUUUGGUGACGUCUACGUCGAUGCAAGAGAAGUUGUACAGUGCAGAGAAGUGCAUUGUAUCCAAACACUUUGCAGAAACCCUAGCAAUUAAUUAA